AGAACAGGAAGACUCCUCUACAGCUAAAGCCGUAGUCGAUCGCUUCCCCCUGUCAUUUAGGGGAUAAAAGUUAAAUAAAUUUGUAGCAGUCAUGGAAACUAAUUUAGAAAACAAGUCGGGCCAAGUCGUCUGUAAUACCAUCUCGUCACCCGUGUUGUAGUCGCCGAAACAACUGGUAGAAGUGGGAAGAGCGGAGUUUUUUUUCUUUCCACGGGGCAUUACCUACUGUUGUCAGAAGAGCUAGCCUAGCUGGAGCUAGCAGUUAGCUCACUUAGUAUCGCAUACUUUCGGGACUCAAAGUUCACUUUGUUUAACUUAUCGGUUCGUGUCUCACGUGGAUACAAUACGAAUCAGUCGUUGUUUGUAUUGUAUUAACGCAACAGGCUGUUUUCGUACUUUUCCUUCCGAGAGCUUGGGCUGUGCUUUGAAUUUCCCUCCUUCUGUGAUACAGACAGGCGGCUUAGCGAGGGGCUCGUUUGGUAUAUUUGGCUCUCUACCAAAUCAUUAGCAACAUUGUGCUAAUUGUGGCUAAGUUAGCCAAGGCACUAGCUUAGGCCCAAGGGAAUCAACAGUUGCCUUUUUUUUUACAAAGUUUUGAAACACCACCAGAGGAAACGUUUGGUAUUUUUUUUACGUUUGAGUUUGUUGAGAUUACCGUCAGACGGGUUUAUUUUGACUCCCAACUCAAGGAAACGGAUCAAAUUAUCAGUAUGGAUCCAAACACGGGGAACUCUGCUUCAGCGGCUGGUCCCAAGAAGGACAAGAAAUCAAAGAAGAGCAAUGACGAUGGAGAGAAAAAGAAAUUUAAACUCAAACGCCUGAUUCCUGACGAGUUGGAGCGUUUCACCAGCAUGAGGAUGAAAAAGGACAAGGAUAAGCCCGGCCAGGUCCCAGGUCAGCGGCACUCUUCAGCGGCCAACUAUGAGAUCAAUGCCCAGAGUGCGAUGCUGCACGACCUUACAGAUGAGUCUGUCCUGGAACUCUUCGAACAGAUGCUGGUGGAUAUGAACCUGAAUGGGGAGAAGCAGCAGCCUCUAAGGGCAAAAGACAUUAUGAUCAAACGCGAGAUGGUCUCUCAGUACCUCCACACGUCUAAAGCUGGUCAAAACCAGAAGGAGAGCGCUAGAUCAGCCAUGAUGUACAUCCAGGAGCUAAAGUCAGACUACAGAGACACACAGCUGCUGAACUGUCUGGAAUCUCUGCGGGUCUCACUCAAUAACAACCCUGUCAGUUGGGUGCAGAACUUCGGAGAUGAGGGGCUGGCCCUGCUGCUGAAUCGGUUAAAGAAACUACAGGACGACAAAGACGAGUGCUCAGUGAAAUGUCAACACGAGAUCAUUCGCUGUCUAAAAGCCUUUAUGAACAACAAGUACGGCCUGAAAUCCAUGCUGGAGUCAGAGGAAGGAAUCCCCCUGCUGGUCAAAGCCAUCAACCCCCGGGUGUCUCACAUGAUGGUGGAUGCUGUCAAGCUGCUCUCUGCCAUCUCCAUAUUGGAACAUCCUGAGAACCUACAUGAGCGUGUUUUGGAGGCCAUUACAGAAGAGGCAGAGAGACAGGACAUCGAGAGGUUCCAGCCUCUCCUUUCUGGCAUGAGAAAUCACAACAUUGCUCUUAAGGGUGCCUGCAUGCAGCUAAUCAACGCCUUGAUAAGCCGGGGAGAAGAGCUGGACUUCAGGAUCCAUAUUCGCUCUGAGCUGCUAAGAUUGGGACUCAGAGAGCUGCUGACGGAGGUGCGGAAGAUAGAAAACGAAGAGCUGAGGGUGCAACUCACGGUGUUUGAUGAGCAGGCUGAGGAUGACUCUGAGGACCUUAAAGCACGUCUCGAAGACAUCCGCAUUGAAAUGGAUGAUGUGAGGGAAGUGUUUGAUAUCCUAGUGAACACUGUGAAGGACUCCAAGGGAGAAACCCACUUCCUAUCCAUGAUGCAGCACCUGCUGCUAGUCCGUAAUGACUACUUGGCCAGGCCUCAGUACUACAAGUUGAUAGAUGAGUGUAUUGCUCAGAUUGUGCUUCAUCGAAAUGGAGCGGACCCGGACUUCAAGUGCCGUAACAUCAGCUUCAACAUUGAAGGCUUGAUAGACAACAUGGUGGACCAAACCAAGGUAACAACAAGCGAGGCCAAGGCAACUGAGCUGGAAAAGAAGCUGGAUUCAGAGUUGACAGCACGCCACGAGUUGCAGGUGGAGCUGAAGAAACUGGAGGGCGACUAUGAGCAGAAGCUGCAGGACUUGAGCCAAGAGAAGGAACAGCUGGCCACUUCUAAACUGGACCGAGAAAAGGAGAACCAGGGACUGCAACAACAGCUAGGCACUCUGCAGCAGCAGAUUGAAAAGCUGUCGAAAGAUCUGGAAGAGGCUAAGACCAGAGUUGUCACAGUUACUGUUCCCGUGCCAACACCAGGUUUGCAGCCUCCACCUCCAGCCCCUACUCUCCCAGGUCAGAAUGCAGGUAUGCCCCCUCCACCUCACCCCCCGCCCCCGCCCCUACCUGGCCAGACAGGCAUGCCUGGUCCCCCACCACCUCCUCCUCUACCGGGUCAUGCCUGUAUUUUUACUCCUCCUCCUCCACCUCCAUUACCGGGCAUGCCGGUACCUCCCCCGCCCCCACCCCUCCCUGGCAUGUUUGGACCGCCACCCCCUCCACCUUUACCUGGGAUGGGACCUCCACCACCACCACCUCUGCCGGGGUUUCCUGGUGCCCCUCCUCCACCGCCAGGCCCAGGCAUGCCUCCACCUCCACCAUUUGGCAUGGGGGGCUGGGCUGCCUCCGCACCACCCUCACUGCCUUUUGGACUCUUGCCUAAGAAGGAGUACAAGCCUGAGGUCCAACUGAAGAGAGCCAACUGGAGCAAGAUCGUACCUGAGGAGCUCUCUGAGAAGAGCUUCUGGACCAAGGCAAAAGAGGAGAAAUUUGAAACCACUGAGCUCUUUGCCAAACUCACCUUGGCCUUCUCCUCACAGUCAAAGACCACUAAAGGUAAGAAUAUCCCGCACACACUUCCACUUAGUUAUUUUUUCCCACAUCCUCUCCACACUUUCUCACCCUUCACUUACUCUGCUUGGAGGACACACUAUGCAUUUACAUUAUUCAACAACACAGUGUCAAAACAGCAUCUCACAAAAGUUCAUGAAUAA